AUGGCUUGGCUCCCUUUCAAAACCACAGGGGCUCUGGCCAUUUUAAUGGUGGUUCUGUUGGUUCAUGGAGAAUUGAGAAUACAGACAAAAGGACAAUACGAAGAAUAUGAGACAGCAAUACAACAAGGCAAAAAGAGAUACAAACGUGAGUGGGUGAAAUUCGCAAGACCCUGCAGAGAAGGAGAAGACAACUCGUACAGAAAUCCAAUCGCCAAAAUUACUUCAGACUGCGAAGCAACCCAGAAAAUUACCUACCGCAUCUCUGGAAUAGGAAUUGAUCAGCCCCCCUUUGGAAUCUUUGUCAUUGACAAAAACACUGGAGAAAUUAACAUAACGGCCAUAGUUGAUCGAGAAGUAACCCCAAGCUUCCAGAUUACAUGUCGUGCUUUCAAUGCCCUAGGACAAGAGGUAGAAAAACCACUUAUACUAACGGUCAAAAUUUUAGAUAUAAAUGACAAUGCUCCAGUAUUUUCACAAAGCAUAUUCCAGGGUGAAAUUGAAGAAAAUAGUGCUUCAAACUCACUGGUGAUGAUCCUAAAUGCCACAGACGCAGAUGAACCGAACCACUUGAACUCUAAAAUUGCCUUCAAAAUCAUCCAUCAGGAACCUGCAGGCACACCCAUGUUCCUCCUAAGCAGACACACAGGGGAAGUCCGCACUUUGACCAAUUCACUUGAUCGAGAGCAAGUUAGCAGCUAUCGCCUGGUUGUGAGUGGUGCAGACAAAGAUGGAGAAGGACUAUCAGCUCAGUGUGAAUGUAGCAUUAAAGUGAAAGAUGUCAAUGAUAAUUUCCCAACAUUCAGAGAAUCACAGUAUUUUGCACGCAUUGAAGAAAACACUUUAAGUUCUGAGUUGCUUCGAUUUCAAGUAAUAGAUUUGGAUGAAGAGUUCACUGAUAAUUGGCUUGCAGAGUUCUUCUUUACCUUUGGAAAUGAAGGGAAUUGGUUUGAAAUACAAACUGAUCCCAGAACUAACGAAGGUAUCCUGAAAGUAGUUCAGUCUCUAGAUUAUGAACAAGUACAAAGCAUGCAACUUGGUAUUGCCGUCAAAAAUAAAGCUGAAUUUCACCAAUCCGUAAUCUCUCAAUAUCGAGUCCAGUCAACCCCACUCAUAGUUCAAGUAAUAAAUGUGAGGGAAGGAAUUACAUUCCAUCCUUCUUCCAAGACAUUUACUGUCCAAAAAGGCAUAAGAAGCAGCCAGUUGAUCAAUUACAUCCUGGGAACCUAUCAAGCCAUUGAUGAAGACACUGGCGAAGCUGCUUUAUUUGUCAGAUAUGUCUUGGGACGUAAUGAUGGUGGUUUGCUAAUGAUUGAUUCAAAAACUGCUGAAAUCAAAUUUGUCAAAAACAUUGAACGAGAUGUUACUUUCAUAAUUAACAAGACAAUCACAGCUGAGGUUCUGGCCAUAGAUGAAAAAACCGGUAAAACUUCUACAGGCACCAUAUAUGUCCACAUACAUGAUUUUAAUGAAAAUUGUCCAACAAUUGCCCUGGACAAGGAAGAAGUCUGUAUUUCGUCACCUUCCGUGGUCGUCAGAGCUUUACUGGAAAAGGAUAAAUAUGCUGGCCCCUACCAAUUUUCGGUGGAAGAGCAAAGCGUAAAACUUCCAGUUGCGUGGAGUAUCGCAGAAAGAGAUGCUACGUCCGCACACCUCAGAGCCCCGCAGCCAGUCUCUCCCGGAGUGUACAGAAUCUCUGUCAUGGUCACCGACAGUGAGGGCCGGCGGUGCGAGGCACCAGAGAGCUUGACCCUGGAAGUCUGUCAGUGUGACUACAGGGACGUCUGCCAACGUGUGUAUAUGACCAACGUCCCUGGCAGCAGAACUGGAAAGGAGUCUGGGAGGAUGGGGGCUGCCGCCAUCGGCCUGCUGUUCCUCGGGCUUCUGCUGCUUCUGUUGGCCCUUCUCCUGCUUCUGACCUGUGACUGUGGGGCAGGUCCUAUUGGGGGAGUGACCGGUGGAUUUGCCCCAGUGCCGGAUGGUUCAGAAGGAACAAUUCACCCAUGGGGAAUUGAAGGUGCCCAACCUGAAGACAAGGAAAUCACAAAUAUCUGUGUGCCACCUAUAACUGCCAAUGGAGUUGAUUUCAUGGAAAAUUCUGAAGUCUGUACGAAUACAUAUGCUGGAGGGACGGUGGUAGAAGGAGCGUCGGGAAUGGAACUGACCACCAAGCUUGGAGCAGCUGCAGGAUCUGGGGGAGCCGCGGGGUUUGCAGCAACCACUGGUCUGAGCAACUUUUCCGUGGGGCAGUCCGGGACGAUGAGAACAAGGCACUCCACGGGAGGAACCAACAAGGACUUUGGGGAAGGGGCAGUAAACAUGAAAUUUCUGGACUCCUACUUUUCUCAGAAAGCGUUUGCCUGUGCAGACGAAGACGAUGGCCAGGAAGCAAAUGACUGCUUGCUGAUCUAUGAUAACGAAGGAAUCGACGCCCCCAGUUCUCCCGUCGGCUCCCUGGGUUGUUGCAGUUUUAUUGCUGACGAUUUUGACGAGAGCUUCUUGGACUCACUUGGCCCCAAAUUUAAAAAGCUGGCCGAGAUAAGCCUCGGGAUGGAUGAUGAAACCAAAAGCUCUCAGCUGCAUACCAAAGACAGCAGUUCUAGGGUUGACGCCUCUGGCCAACACGACCAAGUCCAGCAGUCAGAGUCUGUUAGGUACCAGACUUUGUCAGGCAGCCAGGGAGCAUCUGCACUGUCUGCUUCCAGCUCUGUCCUCCAGCCCGCCGUUCCCAUCGCUGACCCUUUGCAGCAUGGCAGCUAUCUGGUAACAGAGACUUACUCAGCUUCUUCUGGUUCCCUUGUGCAACCUCCCGCUGCUGUUUUUGAUCCACUUCUCACGCAAAAUGUGAUAGUGACGGAAAGAGUGACUUGUCCAAUUCCUAGUAUUACUGGCAACCUACAUGGUCCUACAGAGCUACGAGGAUCAGGCAGUAAGAUCUUUACAGAAGAUCCUUGUUCCCGCCUGAUAUAA